CUCUUCGGGGGCCACGCCCUCCGGGCCCUGGGGGCCUAGUGCGCGACGGUGGGGUGGAGCUAGCCUCGUGACCUUUUACCCCAACAUGGCUGCGCCCGUGGGACCGGUGAAGUUCUGGCGACCCGGUACAGAGGGGCCAGGUGUAAGCAUCUCUGAAGAGAGACAAAGUCUGGCUGAAAACUCUGGGACAACGGUUGUUUACAACCCUUAUGCUGCCCUUUCCAUAGAGCAGCAGAGGCAGAAGUUGCCGGUAUUCAAGCUUAGGAAUCAUAUUUUAUACUUGAUAGAAAAUUAUCAGACAGUGGUGAUUGUUGGUGAAACGGGAUGUGGGAAGAGCACACAGAUUCCGCAGUACCUUGCAGAAGCCGGCUGGACAGCUGAAGGAAGAGUGGUAGGAGUGACCCAGCCUCGAAGAGUGGCUGCUGUUACAGUUGCAGGGAGAGUAGCUGAAGAAAGGGGUGCAGUGCUGGGCCACGAGGUGGGCUACUGCAUCCGCUUUGAUGACUGCACCGACCCGCUGGCCACGAGAAUUAAGUUUCUUACUGAUGGAAUGCUGGUCAGGGAAAUGAUGGUUGAUCCGUUGUUAACAAAAUAUAGUGUCAUCAUGCUGGAUGAAGCCCACGAGAGGACCUUGUACACUGACAUUGCCAUUGGCUUGCUAAAAAAGAUUCAGAAAAAGCGAGGGGAUCUUCGAUUGAUUGUAGCUUCAGCCACUCUGGAUGCAGACAAAUUCCGGAAUUUCUUUAAUCAAAAUGAAACCAGUGAUCCAGCAAGGGAUACAUGUGUGAUCCUUACAGUGGAAGGGCGAACAUUUCCGGUGGAUAUCUUUUAUCUACAAAGUCCUGUUCCAGAUUAUAUCAAAUCAACUGUCGAAACUGUGGUGAAAAUUCACCAGACAGAGGGAGACGGAGACAUUUUAGCAUUUCUUACUGGCCAGGAAGAGGUAGAAACUGUUGUGUCGAUGCUCAUCGAGCAGGCUCGAGCACUAGCUCGCACUGGGAUGAAGAGACACCUCCGAGUUCUCCCCAUGUAUGCAGGACUGCCUUCCUUUGAGCAAAUGAAAGUGUUUGAAAGGGUGUCACGCAGUGUCAGAAAGGUGAUAGUGGCCACCAAUGUGGCAGAAACCUCUAUCACAAUCAGCGGCAUUGUGUAUGUGAUCGACUGUGGCUUUGUGAAACUCCGAGCCUACAAUCCCAGGACAGCUAUUGAAUGCUUGGUGGUGGUGCCAGUCUCCCAGGCAUCAGCUAAUCAGCGAGCAGGACGUGGUGGUCGUAGUCGCUCGGGAAAAUGUUAUCGCCUUUAUACAGAGGAAGCCUUUGACAAGUUGCCUCAGUCUACGAUUCCUGAGAUGCAGCGUAGUAAUUUGGCACCUGUCAUCCUGCAGCUGAAAGCACUAGGUAUUGACAACGUCCUCAGGUUCCACUUCAUGUCGCCCCCUCCAGCACAGUCAAUGGUUCAAGCCUUGGAGUUACUGUAUGCUCUGGGAGGUCUGGACAAAGACUGUCGCCUGACUGAACCGCUUGGCAUGAGAAUUGCAGAGUUUCCUUUGAAUCCCAUGUUUGCCAAAAUGCUGCUUGAAUCAGGAAACUUCGGCUGUUCUCAGGAAAUUCUAAGCAUCGCUGCCAUGAUGCAGAUCCAGAAUAUCUUUGUGGUCCCCCCAAACCAGAAGUCUCAGGCAAUUCGAGUGCACCGUAAAUUUGCUGUGGAGGAGGGCGACCACCUCACUAUGCUCAAUAUAUAUGAAGCAUUUAUCAAACACAAUAAGAACUCUCAAUGGUGUCAGGAACAUUUCCUGAAUUACAAGGGUCUUGUCAGAGCUGCGACUGUAAGAGAACAAUUGAAAAAGCUUCUUGUCAAGUUUCAAGUGCCCAAGAAGUCUAGUGAAGGUGACCCGGAUCCGGUUCUGAGGUGCAUUGUCUCCGGCUUCUUCGCCAAUGCAGCAAGGUUUCAUUCUACUGGAGCUUAUAGGACCAUCCGUGAUGACCAUGAGCUGCACAUACACCCUGCAUCAGUCCUCUAUGCAGAGAAGCCGCCUCGCUGGGUCAUCUAUAACGAAGUUAUACAAACCUCCAAGUAUUACAUGAGAGAUGUGACUGCCAUUGAAUCGGCCUGGCUGUUGGAGCUGGCUCCACACUUUUAUCAACAAGGAACGAGUCUCGCUCUGUCGCCCAGGCUGGAGUGCAAUGGCACGAUCAUGGCUCACUGCAAGCUCCGUUUCCCGGAUUCAAGCAAUUCUCCUGCCUUAGCCCCCAUGUAGCUGGGAUUACAGCACCUGUCUCUGAAAGCCAAAAGGGCCAAGGUCCAGGACCAGUGAGAGGAGCCCACAGCUACAGCUGCAGGGACUGCUGGCGUCCUCUCCUCCAUGCUGCUGCCCCUGGUCCCAGGUGGGGUGAGCUGGCACCAGCUCCUGUGGAAUGUUUGGUUGCUCUGAAGGGGGCUGCGGCCUGUUCAUUAGUCCUUUCUUCCUGCUGCCCACAGCAUUUGCAUCCUUGCUGGGAUCCUGGAGGACUUUGUGCAUGGGCAGGCAUCCUUCUGUGCUGCAGCGGGCAGAGUGGGAGUUGGCUCACUCAGCACGCUCACUAACCCAGCAUGCCACUUCCAGCAGGCACGCAGUCCUGGCCCAGCUCUAUGGGAAACAAGGAGGAAAGUUAGCCACUGAAGGCCAAAACACCAUGUGGGGUGGACAGAGGGUUUGCUGGGCUGGCUUUGCUUUCCCUGCUGGGGCCACGGCUGUGUUAACCAAUGAGGCCUGCUGCCAGGUGUGAACAAGCGUGUCUCUACGAAUGAACGAAACAUUGGGGAUCUCUGCCGAAACCACCAAAGGGCAUGUCUGAUGGGCACAGGGGCUCCCAAACCCAGUGGCUUCUGUCUGUCCUUAGCCCUUGUCCCUGUUUAUCUGCAGCCAGGAGACUUGCAGGGGAUUGGUGAUUGACGGAGAGGACUCGUGCGCAGUUUUGUGUUAGCGGAGGAUUUGUGUUUCACAAGUGGGCUUAGCGUCCUCUCAGAGUGUAGUGCCAGGUCCUGGUGCCACGGUAGCUGAGCACUCAGGAGAGUUCAUCAGCUCAGAUCCCACAGGGCCUCCUCUUUAGCAGGAAUUCACAACAGUUUGGAUGCCCUAAACUUCUGUAGCUCAGGAACAUCACUGGUGUAUUUGUUUUUUUGUUUGUUUGCUUGGGUUCUUGCAAGAGCGCGCGGGGGCGGUUCUUCCAGCAGGCACUGGUUUUGUUGCCCCAGGGCUGCUUUGCUGUGAUGAUGAUUGCAUUUCAACACAUGCCAGAUGCAGAUUUUUUCCCCCUUACUGUUUCAAUGACCUUUAUUUUAAAAACACAUAGCUUGAAAAUUUAUUUUUAUACCGAUAUUAGUUUGGAUGUGCCACUUUUGGCACCAAAUGUGUAUGUCAUUUUUAUUUCCAUUUUAUAAACAUGUAAAUAAUAGUGAUAACUUGUUAAUAAUAGUAAACCUUUAUACCUAAAGUAAAUGUCUUCCCUCCCACACCUGGUUUUCAUGUCUGUAUGAAAGAUGUUCUAAUGAAUCUUCCCUCCCACA